AGAAAAAUCGUACGUAAAAAUGAUAUUCUAAUAAAAUAUUGAGUUUGAGAGAAUAAACAUGCAUUUACAACAAAAGAUGAAAGAUAUUUGAAAUUCAAAGCUCUUUAAAAUCGAUGCAUGUUUAUGUAUAUACAUCAUAGGGAAAAUAUACAAUUGGAUAAAACACAAGUUCUAACAAACUCAUCACUCCGCUCUGCCUUCAAAUGAAAACAUGAUUUUUUUUUUCAUGUCUUCGACCAGCAUUCAAUAAAUCGUUAUUGAAAUCCAUAGAAAUUUAAGCGCAGUCUUUCGGCCGCCAUCCAUAGAUCGGCUGCUGUGUUUGGAUUUAUGACGUCAAUGUUACAAGCAGACGAGCGCCUGUUGAAGGCUGUCGCAACAGAUGACCAGUUGCCUCCAUAACGGGACGCGUUGAGAGACUUAAAAUGGCAGUGGAUUUAUUUCAACUUGUUCAAAAUGGAUGUACUGCACGACAGUUACAGUUGGUCACCGAGAAUGGGUGUGACGUCAACAUUUCCAAUGAGGACAAGGAGUCCCUCCUAAUGUUUACCAUGGCCAAUUCCCGCGCUCCCGGGGAGAGGAGGGCGGAGCUCAUCCGGGUACUUUUACAGCGGGGCGCUGACGUCAACGCUAGGAACGCCAAAGGACAAACCACGUUCAUGUACGCGUGCAUCAUGAACCAAGUUAAACCACUCAAAGUCCUUUUAGAACAGCCCGAUCUCAACGUGAACAUUCAGGAACGGGACGGAAACACCGGGUUAAUGUACGCAUGCUCCAUAGGCAACGAGCAAGUGGUCGAGGUUUUAUUGGAAGCGCAUCACCGGAAGAGCAUCAAUAUCAUUCAUGACCUCUCCAAUUGCAGAGGUCAGACGGCCAUGGACUGCGCACAAAGAAUGCAUAGGGAAAAAAUUCUUAAAGCAUUUUCCAAAUAUUCUAUAAGUACAGGGAGCAGAUUUAAACCCACCAUUUUGAAAGCAAGACGAGAGCCAUCAGCGCGACACAAGAAACAAGGGGAGAGAGGGCGGCAAAAGCAGACAUCCGCUUCAACGGUUUUGGCGGGCUCUGACACUGAGGACGAUUUAGAGGAUUUCGGUAAACUUGUCCGCACGAUGCGAGAGUGUGCAGCGGAAGUGAAACAACUGUGCUACGACCAGAAUAUUUCUUAUGACAAUAAAAGACAAUCUAAAACGACAAAAUCUCGUAAAACGGACAGACCGAAGAUUGAAAACAAAACGCUGAACACACCAAGAAUUGAAAUUCACUCUGACACUGGUGGUCAAGACAACAGACACCACGAUUUAGAAAAAUUAGAAGUCACAGAAUUGUCGAGGUCAACGAAAAAGGGAAAAGACCGGGUUAAAAACUCUAACCAAACCCUGUCUCCUAGAGUUCCACAUCUGGAACUCCAGGAUAAAGACAUUGCAUCACAUGACACCCCAGUAUUAUCUGACAGUGCCAUUGUUUCCAAACGGAAAAGUAAACGACACAACUCCGCCACAAAACAUAGUGCAGAUUUUCGAGAACUUUCCGUCGACACUAUGUUUUCGAAAGGGGAGUCGCUUCAUUUACACAGCCGUGAGCAGACAGCCACACAUAGAUCCGCCACGAGCCCGGCGGUCUUGCAGUCGGCCUUCAGAGACCCGUGGUCCACUUUCGGGGAACCACUUCCUGGGAUACGGAAUGCCUCCUCUAAUUCAGCCUCCAUCUAUCUGCCACCUUUAAAGGCAAUUUCGGGAGGAAAACCAGAGGAACCUGUAUCUAGCAAAUACUGAAACCAAGAUAAAGUUUUGUUUGGCAUGGAAAGGUACCCAAUCAUCACAUGAAGACUUUGAUAGCUAUCAAAUAGCACGACAUCGAUUACUUGAAUAAUUCGCCUGAAAAAUAUAUAUUGAAAUUGAUUUUCUUUCUGCUUUUUUAAUAUAUCAGAUUUUUGCACAUUGUAUCUUCUAAGGUUGGCCCGAAAUCAAUACGUAGCCGUGAUAUUCCGUAAAACCAUUGAUCCUAAUCGGUGAUGCUCGGUUAAAACAGAAUUAACAAUCUUUAAAAAAAAUUCCAACUUCAUCUUCCAAUAUGAUCAAUUUUUAAAUGAAAGAGGAAGAAGGGUCAAUAACAAAAGCAAUCACAUUGAGUUCAAUGAAUUUUUAAGAGCUCGCGGAUGGCGGGUAGUUUUGGGAACAUUGCCAUAGCGUAGGUUAGCAGACGUCAUUUCUUGUGUAAUUACCCAUUGAUCUGGGCUUUUCAAUAAAAGUUUAGUUUUUUUCCCCGUACGUGUAACUUUUCUACGUUACGAUUCAAUACACAAACCUAUCGACUCCAUGUACUGAAUUCGGGUGCAUAGAAUCAUCGAUUUUGUUUCCUGCCAAGGUCUGGUGUUAACAGAAAUAUUUGUAGAGUUAUUUUAGGCAAAUAUGACUGAUGUUGUCCAUACAGUAUUUAUAUCCAUAGUCGGCAAAAUCCACAUAGAAGUACAUGUAAAUAUUGAUCGUGGUUCAUUUCCAGCAUUGCAAAUGUACUAGUAUAAUGUUGGUCAACUUGGCAAGGAUAGCAUGGCAAUACAGAAGUUCCCGACACAGCGUUAUAAUACUAUAAAAUUCGGAGUCAAUGAAGCUGUUAUAGCAAUAAAAUUACUGAAACUCUUCAAUUAGUCGUGCGUUGUAUCUUUACAGUUUCAUAAAGGUAUCAUCAAGAGGUCAAAAGCAGAAUGACAAUUUACAGUGUAAACUGUGUUUUACAACUUUUUGUAUCUCAGGACUGUUCAAUUACAAUUUUUUUUAAUUAUCACAACAAAUUAUUUUACUGGUUAUAAGCCGGAACAUUACUGGUUAUAAGCUGGAACAUUACUGGUUAUAAGCCGGAACAUUACUGGUUAUAAGCUGGAACAUUACUGGUUAUAAGCUGGAACAUUAUUGGUUAUAAGCUGGAACACCCCGUAGCUGAUUAUACCGGUAACGUUUUUCAAAAUAAUUUCCGAGCAAGUUAUGCUUUUUAUUGAUGUAACUUGUUGUUGUAAUAAAUAAACUUAAAUCUACAUCAUUAAAAAGGUCAGACAUCUUUACAAUUGUGUAACAGGGCCAGGAUGCAAGACUAUAAAGAAGUUAUUACAUGUAUUCGUAAUAAAUAAUAAAUACUUUAUUAUUUCUAUAGAAAAUAGAUAGGACGGUUCCACCGUCCCAUUAAAGUAAGCAUAGCUAUAUAUGACACAAAGUCCAAAACUCCAGUGACGGGGAAAGUACAGAAACCGAAUGGAAUAAGGUGUGUGCAGUGUUCUUUGAAUAGGAGUUCAAUAAAUUGAUUAUUAAUGAAAAAUCAUAAUAAAUUCACUUCAGAAACAAUAUUCUAUACACUUGCUUGGAGCACUUAUCUAUGGCUCCAGUCAGCAUCAGCUAGAGGUCUCUACCGCCGGAUGCCCUCUACUAAUUAUUCCGACUUGUUUUUACUCAUCAGUGAGAGAAGUCAUAAUAAGCCUGAGUAUCCGGCGGCGAGGCUUCCUUCACACGCACCGCGUUAAUGUAGCGACGAUUUUUCCGGAUGCUGACUUCGAUUGAUUAGGGGGGGAGAAGCAAACGACCCCGGGGUCAC